AAGAAGAAGAAGAAAAACAAGAAGAAGAAGAAAAGUGGUCCUAAAACACAAACUGAACCACCCACUGUUCCUCUAUCUAAAAUAUAUACAAACAAAGUCUAUCCUGUCGGUGAAUGCCAUGACUAUAUCAACGAAAAUACUUGGAGAACUACCAGUGAAGAAAAGCGUGCUGAAGAAAGACUUAGAGAAAGUGACUACAACGAUCUUCGUAGAGCUGCGGAAGUUCAUCGUCAAGUUCGUCAAUAUGCUAGGAAACACAUAAAGCCCGGCAUGACUACCACUGAAAUUGCAGAAAUGAUUGAAAACGCCACUCGUGCUCUGGUGGAGGAAAACGGUAUGGAAGCUGGUAUUGGUUUCCCUACUGGUUUAUCUAUCAACCAUUGUGCUGCCCACUAUACACCUAACGCUGGUGAUAAAACCGUCUUACAAUAUGACGAUGUCAUGAAAGUUGAUUUCGGCGUUCAUGUCAAUGGUCGUAUUAUUGACUCUGCAUUCACCAUGCAUUUCAACCCAAAGUUCGACAAGUUAAUAGAAGCUGCAAAUGAAGCUACUUAUGCCGGUAUUAAAGAAGCCGGUAUUGAUGUUAGAUUGUGUGAUAUUGGUGCUGCUGUACACGAAGUCUAUGAUUCUUACGAAAUCGAAUUGGAUGGUAAAACCUAUGAUAUUAAACCUAUCCGUAAUUUGAAUGGUCAUUCAAUCGAACCAUAUCGUGUUCAUGCUGGUAAGACAAUACCUAUCGUCAGAGACUCCGGCGAUGAAACCAAGUUAGAGGAAGGCGAACAAAUUGCUAUUGAAACUUUCUGCUCAACUGGUCGCGGUUAUGUUAUUGAAGAUGGCGAAUGCUCUCAUUACUCAAAGAACGCAGAUGCAGGAUUCGUGCCUUUGCGUUUAGCAAGAGCUAAGAGUUUAUUAGCUACCAUCAAUAAGUCUUUUGGCACUUUGCCCUUCUGUAGACGUUAUUUGGAUCGUUUAGGUGAAGAGAAGUAUUUAAUGGGCUUGAGAAAUUUAGUAGAUGCAGGCGUCGUCACUGCUUAUCCGCCACUCGUUGAUACGAAGGGUAGUUACAGUGCUCAAUUGGAGCAUACUAUUUUAUUAAGACCCACCUGUAAGGAAAUUGUUUCCAAGGGUGACGAUUAUUAA